AUGCCCGGCUUCAUCAACCGCCUGAUCCGCCCCUUCAGCGCGAGCACCAGUCUCGGGCUCGGCGAAAGCGCACCGGUCGCCGCCCCCGAAGGCGCACAGCUAGCCACCGUCGCAGCAGGAUGUUUCUGGGGCGUCGAGCACAUGUUCCGGAAGGAGUUCAAGGGGAAGGGACUCUAUGAUGCGCGCGUUGGGUAUAUUGGGGGGGAUACCAAGAGUCCGAGUUAUAGGGCUGUGUGCUCGGGGAGUACGGGUCAUGCCGAAGCUCUCCAAGUCUCUUUCGACCCCUCGCAAGUAACGUACCGCCAACUCCUCGAGUUCUUCUACAAGAUGCACGACCCGACGACAUCCAACGCCCAGGGUCCAGACAGAGGAUCGCAGUACCGCAGUGGGAUCUUCUAUCACAACUCCGAGCAGGAGAGUAUAGCGAGGGAGGUGACCAAGUUGGUUAAUGAGAAGUGGUGGAAGGGGAAGGUCGUUACGGAGAUUCUGCCGGCGGGCGAGUGGUGGGAUGCGGAGGCGUAUCAUCAGAAGUAUUUGGAUCAUAACCCGGGUGGGUAUGAGUGCCCGAGUCAUUUCCUGAGGAGCUUUCCGGCUUUGUAG